AUGUCCUACCUCGCCCGCACUCUCCCCAAAAGGGUCCUCACCCCCUCCCUGGCCCAAUCAAUCCGCCAAACCCGAGCACUGAGCACAACAACCCUCCAAUCAACACCAACAACCCGAGCACCCCGAACACCCCGAACAAAUCAAACACACUCUCUCCCCCACCGGACCUACCACUCAGCCCUACACGCCCGGCUCCCAGAUCACUCCUACACAAACUCCCAAACAGCAAUCCUCACCUCCGCGCUCGCCCACGUCCCAACCCACGGUUUCUCCGCCACAGCACUAACCCUCGGCGCACGGGACGCCGGCUUCCUCGACGUCUCAGUGCAACUACUCCCGCGCGGCGAAUUCGACCUCAUCCUCUUCUGGCUCGCUAGUCGACGUGGUCUAUUGCGCGGGAAGGUCGAGGAGGGGGGGAUUAUUCCGGCGCAUUGCGGCGGAGAAGGGGAAGGAUGUUCAUGA